AUGACCGGUCCUGGGCGAACCCCCCCAUCCCCGUGGGUGCAAAAUGCGCCCAGUCGAAGCGGUCAAGGCUUUCAUGGGAGUCACUCGGGCUUGUCGCCCUCGCAGACCAGCGUGCAGUCGGGAUCCGAGCGUUCCAGCCCUAAUUACUUUGGCAUCACGGUCGACCGACCCAACAAUCAUCCGGGCUCCAAUUCGGGAUCGCAGGGCCAAAAGACCUGGGCCUCCUUUUCGUCUUCUCAUGUGAGCCCCAAGCUGCAUCUCUCCUCGCCCGAGUCGGCCUCCGCAGGUCUUUCCACCAUCUUAAAAGCCGAGCCCGAAGAGGGAAAGGGCUGGCGUGGGUCGACGUUACAGAACUACACGACGAGUGGGGAUGCACCAGACACUCGUACAUGGUCCAAGGACCCUCCGUCUCUAGCCUUGGGCGGAUCAUCGAUCGGCUCCAUGCAGGGAGCGGCCCCUCAAUUCAGUUUUAAGCCGAGACAGAGUUCCGUUGCGGCAUCACAAGAGGAAGCAGCCGCCAUCGCCUCAAGGUGGGUCACGUCGGAGCGCUGUGCAGAGCUCAUCAACGUCCCGAACAAAAAGGUCCUGUUCCUCGAUGUGCGGCCGUAUGCGCACUUUUCUCAAUCCAACAUUACCGGGUCUCUCAAUCUCUGUAUUCCGACCACGUUACUCAAGCGGCGUUCCUUUGACACCCAGAAACUGGAGAAUACGUUCACCAACGAGGAGGAUAAGCGCAAAUUCGCGACAUGGCGCACCUGUGAUACGAUCGUCGUCUAUGACUCCGCCGCGGCCGAUGUCAAGGACGCGCUACCCUUGAUGCACGUGAUCAGCAAGUUCGAGGCCGAGAACUGGGAUGGGCAGGGCCUGAUCCUGCGGGGAGGGUUCAAGGCCUUUUCCACACAAGCCCCGCACCUCGUCCACCGACCGCCAGCCCCGAUGGCGGGUCCGUCUCCGAGGAAGAAGCAACGCUCGCCGAUGAGCAUCAACCUGCAAUCGAUCGCGCCGGUGGUUGGAGGCUGUGCCUUGCCGAAUAGCUCGUCGGCGGCGAACCCGUUCUUUGGCAACAUCCGACAAAACAUGGACCUGAUGGGAGGAGUCGGCCAAAUUCCCCUCAAAUUGCCCGACGGGAUGACGGAUCGGCAAAGACAGAAGCUGCCUCAAUGGCUACGGGAGGCUUCUGAUGCGAAAAACCGGGGUCACGCCGUGUCUGAGAAAUUCCUGGAUCUGGAGAAGAAGGAGUUGGAACGAAUGAAGCAAGCGUUGACCUACGAGGGCAAUUCGGCAUCCGGCGGAGAAGAUGCGAAGAAAUAUCGCGUGGCCGGCAUCGAGCAAGGCAGCAAAAAUCGCUACAACGACAUUUACCCCUUUGACCACUCCCGCGUCCGUCUCGAAGACGUUCCCAGCGGUGGCUGCGACUACGUCAACGCCAACCACAUCCAGGCCGAGCUCAGCAACCGACGGUACAUUGCGACCCAGGCACCGGUACCCGACACCUUUAAUGACUUUUGGCGUGUAGUCUGGGAGCAAGAUGUCCGUCUGCUCGUCUCCUUGACCGCCGAGGUCGAGCGAGGCCAGGUGAAAUGCCACCCGUACUGGAAGUCGGGCGACUACGGUCCCUUGAAGGUCAAGACCUAUUCGGAGCGCUUCAUACCGGUCAAUGACAAGAGUCAAUCGAUCGACCUCACCGCCAAGGCGCCCCCGGGAUCCAAGGAGCUCCCCAAGAAACUGGACGAGUCAAACGAGAACCCCAUCAUCAUCGUCCGACACUUCAGCCUCUACCACACCUCUUUCCCCUUCCAACCCAUCCGUGACAUCACGCAACUUCAAUAUCCCUAUUGGCCUGACUUUGGUACCACUUCACAACCGUCACACCUGCUGAACCUCAUUGAGCAAUGCAACAAAGUGAUCCGGGCCACCAGCCCAUCUCGGUUCGGCGAAAACGAGGCGGAACCGGAAGGCCAGCGACCGAUCUUGGUGCACUGUAGCGCAGGCUGUGGCCGUACCGGUACCUUUUGCACUGUGGACAGUGUGUUAGACAUCAUGAAGAGACAGCGUCAGAGCGGCUCGCAGAAGCAAGCUCUGACUGACUCCAGUCUAGACCUGAUCGUCAAAACCGUUGAAGACUUUCGCACUCAGCGGCCCAGUAUGGUCCAGAAUCUGAGUCAAUUCGUGCUCUGCUACGAAAGUGUACUGGAAUGGCUCGUGGAAAAUUCUUCGGACCGCGAGAAUUGA